AUGGUGCAAGUCGAAGAAGCUUUACCUACUACGCGUCCUAUUAAAGAUUGUGAGGCCGUAAUAACAGACCUCGAUUUCAUCUUUUCACUUGACACCAAAGAUUCGAGAUCAGUUAAAAACAGGUUGCCAGCUGAGUUGUCGCUGGGUCAGUUAAGGGCAGUUACCCAAGUGGCUGUUAAUAUUUUCGCGGCAAAUCAUGAAAUAUGUAGUAAGAAAGUUCAGGAAUAUUUGUCCACACAUCCAGAAUACAAACAAGAGUUUACCAAUUCUGUCCAGGACAUGAUGAAGGAAUUAUUGUCAAUGGUCCCUCAGGAGCAGAACAAUGGAAAUUCCGAGAAGGAAUCCCUUCUUUUGGCUUCUCAAGAGGCAUUUGAAUUAACUCAAAAACUAUCAUCAAGUCUAGAAUCUUUAAUUGAUAAAACUUUGGACGGAUCGCAUCAAUCCAAUGUUACAUCCUCAACCAUUAAAAAUGGUAAUUCGGAAAACAAGGGGGAUGGUUCAGAUAAAAAAAAAAGGAAAAGGUUUUCAACUGUAGAAAAGAACAAUCACUAUUCUGAUACGGGAAAAAAACAGCGAAUCAACAUGUUAACAGGCGAUCCUCGUUCAAUAAACUUUGUAGAUUAUUUUGAUAGUUUAAGAGAGGACAUGGAUUCAAUGAUUUCCAUUGACCAAAGUAUGAAAAUUCUUUAUGGUGCCUUGCACUGGCCGAUCACAGACAGUUAUAUUUUAUCUGAACGUUUCCAAGCUUUUCGUGAACGAAUGCACCUUCCAGAUCCGUUGCCCAUCACGCAUCCGGUUAUCCAUGAGAUUGCAUGUUGUGGGUAUAAGAAAAAUAAACAUGAUUGGAAAAGAUAUGAAUGGAUUGGUGAUCGAUUUUUGUUGGUUGCAAUUUCAUGGCACGGCGUGACUCGAUAUCCCGAUUGCCGCUUGUUGAAUCAUGUGAUUAACUUCAUGGUAAGCAAUCGGGUGUUUAUACCCUUUUGUUUGAUAUUGGGGUUACAUGAAAGCAACGGUAUUUUAAAAGGAUGCAAUCAAAAAGAAUAUGCAAAUGCAUUUGAAGCCUACUUUUGUGGAUUAUACUUGGAAUAUGGUGAAAAGAAAGCUAGAGAGUAUGCGUCCAAGUUGUUGGGUGGAUUGUUUCAUAACAUUGUUAUGUUUAUCAAUGAUUAUAAAGAUAGUGGGGGAGAUGAGUCAGUCAUUUGGAAAGACUUUGAUUUAGUUCUUAAAGCAUAUUUCGGAAUCGAC